AUGCACUUUUGGGCAGCAAAGAAACGCAUUACAUAUGUUGCCAUCGAUUGUGGCGGACUGACACUUUCAGGCAUCCAGAAGCCGCCACCCGAAGUUGCGCAGCUCGAGCUGCUCAAGCUUCUUCUGAGCACUGGUACUCUACGACACUUUUUGCUCCAUUUCCCGGGAUAUUCUAUAUGGAUCAUGACUCGGUGCGUCGCCACCCAGAGUUAUCUAGCUCAAGCUGCAUCGGCUCCCGGAGAAGGUUGA